CGCAGCCAUCCGUUUCCGGCCACCCCUCCCGCGGGCACUCAGACACGCGCCGGUCGUCACGUGCGCCCCAGCCAGGCCCACGGAAAUGACGCAAGUCUUACGCGCCGCCAGGAUGGCCGGGCCAUGGCGGGGGGCACAGGCUGUGUGCGGCUGUGGGGAGCUGCAAGGUGUUGGGCGCUUCGGCGGCCGCUACUGGCCGCCGCCGGGGGGCGGGUGCCGAUUGCGGCCAGAGCUUGGUUGCCCAGAGGCCAGAGGGCCUGCGACGCCUCGCCUCCCUGGGCGCUGUGGGGCCAAAGCCCCGCGGCCGCGGGCCACUGGCGGGGACUUUGGGAGGCGAAUAACCGCAGCGGCGGCGGCGCCUUCUCGGGAAGCGAGGAUGCCUCCGAGGGCGGCGCGGAGGACGGGGCCUCGGGCGUGGGAGGCAGCGCGGGCGGCGGGGAGGGCCCUGUCAUAACGGCGCUGACGCCGAUGAUGAUCCCGGACGUAUUCCCGCACCUGCCGCUCAUCGCCGUUACUCGCAACCCAGUGUUCCCGCGCUUUAUCAAGAUUGUUGAGGUUAAAAAUAAGAAGCUGGUUGAGCUGCUAAGGAGGAAAGUCCGCCUUGCCCAGCCAUACGCCGGCGUCUUUCUAAAGAAAGAUGACAACAAUGAGUCCGACGUGGUUGAGAACCUGGAUGAGAUCUACCACACGGGGACGUUCGUGCAGAUCCACGAAAUGCAGGACCUGGGGGACAAGCUGCGCAUGAUCGUCAUGGGACACCGGAGGGUUCACAUCAACCGACAGCUGGAGGUGGAGCCUGAGGAGCCUGAGGGCGAGAACAAGCAGAAGCUGCGCAAGAAGCCCAAGCGGAGCAAGAAAGAGGCAGAAGAGGACGGGGCCACCAAGCGGCCGCUGGAGGUGGUGGUGGGGCCUGGUCACAGCCCCGCCGGCGAGGUGCUCAUGGUGGAGGUGGAGAAUGUGGUCCACGAGGACUUCCAGGUGACGGAGGAGGUGAAGGCGCUGACUGCGGAGAUCGUGAAGACCAUCAGGGACAUCAUCGCCUUGAACCCACUCUACAGGGAGUCAGUGCUGCAGAUGAUGCAGGCCGGCCACAGGGUGGUGGACAACCCCAUCUACCUGAGCGACAUGGGCGCAGCGCUGACGGGGGCCGAGUCCCACGAGCUGCAGGAAGUCCUGGAGGAGACCAAUAUUCCAAAGCGGCUGUAUAAGGCCCUGUCCCUUCUCAAGAAGGAGUUUGAACUGAGCAAGCUGCAGCAGCGCCUGGGCCGGGAGGUGGAGGAGAAGAUCAAGCAGACACACCGCAAGUACCUGCUGCAGGAGCAGCUGAAGAUCAUCAAGAAGGAGCUAGGCCUGGAGAAGGAUGACAAGGAUGCCAUCGAGGAGAAGUUCCGUGAGCGGCUCAAGGAGCUUGUGGUCCCCAAGCACGUCAUGGACGUGGUGGACGAGGAGCUGAGCAAGCUGGGCCUGCUGGACAACCAUUCCUCCGAGUUCAACGUCACCCGCAACUACCUGGACUGGCUGACGUCCAUCCCGUGGGGCAAGCACAGCAACGAGAACCUAGAUCUGGCGCGGGCCCAGGCGGUGUUGGAGGAGGACCACUACGGCAUGGAGGACGUCAAGAAGCGCAUCCUGGAGUUCAUUGCCGUCAGCCAGCUCCGGGGCUCCACCCAGGGCAAGAUCCUCUGCUUCUAUGGGCCCCCGGGCGUGGGCAAGACCAGCAUCGCCCGCUCCAUCGCCCGUGCCCUGAACCGGGAGUACUUCCGCUUCAGUGUUGGCGGCAUGACAGAUGUGGCCGAGAUCAAGGGACACAGGCGGACAUAUGUGGGCGCCAUGCCGGGCAAGAUCAUCCAGUGUCUGAAGAAGACCAAGACGGAGAACCCCCUGGUCCUGAUAGACGAGGUGGACAAGAUCGGCCGGGGCUACCAGGGCGACCCCUCAUCUGCGCUGCUUGAGCUGCUGGACCCUGAGCAGAAUGCAAACUUCCUGGACCACUACCUGGACGUGCCCGUGGACUUGUCCAAGGUGCUGUUCAUCUGCACGGCCAACAUCACCGAGACCAUCCCUGAGCCACUGCGGGACCGUAUGGAGAUGAUCAACGUGUCAGGCUACGUGGCCCAGGAGAAGCUCGCCAUUGCUGAGCGGUACCUGGUUCCUCAGGCCCGUGCCCUCUGUGGCCUGGACGAGAGCAAGGCCAAGCUGUCGUCCGACGUGCUGACCCUCCUCAUCAAGCAGUACUGCCGGGAGAGCGGUGUCCGCAACCUGCAAAAGCAGGUGGAGAAGGUGUUACGGAAGUCUGCCUACAAGAUUGUCAGUGGUGAGGCUGAGUUUGUGGAGGUGACGCCCGAGAACCUGCAGGACUUCGUGGGGAAGCCGGUGUUCACAGUGGAGCGCAUGUAUGACGUGACGCCGCCUGGCGUGGUCAUGGGCCUGGCCUGGACGGCCAUGGGAGGCUCCACGCUGUUUGUUGAGACGUCCCUGAGACGGCCGAGGGACAGAGACAGUGACAGUGACAACGGGGACAAGGAUGGGAGCCUGGAGGUGACGGGCCAGCUGGGGGAGGUGAUGAAGGAGAGCGCCCGCAUCGCCUACACUUUUGCCAGGGCCUUCCUGAUGCAGCAUGAUGCCUCCAACAAGUUCCUGGUGACCUCGCACAUCCACUUGCACGUGCCUGAGGGUGCCACCCCCAAGGACGGCCCAAGUGCCGGCUGCACCAUCGUCACGGCCCUGCUCUCCCUGGCUCUGGACCGGCCAGUGCGGCAGAACCUGGCCAUGACGGGUGAGGUCUCCCUCACAGGCAAAGUGCUGCCUGUGGGCGGCAUCAAGGAGAAGACCAUCGCGGCCAAGCGUGCUGGGGUGACCUGCAUCGUCCUGCCAGCUGAGAACAAGAAAGACUUCUACGAUCUGGCUGCCUUCAUCACCGAGGGCCUGGAGGUGCACUUCGUGGAGCACUACCGCGAGAUCUUCGACAUCGCUUUUCCGGAGGAGAGGGCCGAGGCCCUGGCGGUGGGGCGGUGACCGCAGCCCUUGGUACGCUUGGUGCUGCUGGGCCUGGCCCCCGCCGGAACUGCACCCCUGGAGGGGCUCUGGGCAGCUGAGCCCCAGCAAGCUUGGGGGGAGACUGGAAGCCCGAUCUUACUAUGACUCAAUCAGUGUAUUUAAUUAUGAUUAAAAACCGUUUCCAGUA